UAAUUGCGCGAAAAGCAACGAAAUGACAGAGCGAGUCAGAAUGGCUGAGAAUGGCGCACAGUUGGUAAGCAGACUUGAGGGGCGACCGUCAUUGAGGGACAUUGAACCCAAUAUAUUCCCUGUCGACUGCGGUCCACGUCAAGGUGACGUUGUGGAGUUUCAUGGCAUGGAGGGCGCAGGUAAGACAGAAACCUUGUACCACCUGAUCAUCCGCUGCAUCAUGCCAGUGCAGAAUGGAGGUCUGGAGGUCGGGGUGGUCUUCAUUGACACGGACUACCACUUUGACAUGCUGCGCUUAGUGAGCGCUCUGGAGGGACGUUUGGCCGAAGACUUAAAGGAGAGUGACAGCUCUGAAAAUGAACCAGAGGAGAGGGUACGUUCAUGUCUGCGCAGGCUGUCUGUAGUGCACUGCAACAGCUCAGUUCAGCUCCUCUUAACCCUGCACUACCUCGAAAACACUUUCUCCAGCCAGCCCUCCGUCGGCCUGCUGGUCAUCGACAGCAUCUCUGCGUUCUACUGGGUGGACAGAUUCAGUGGCGGCGAGAGCACUGUUUGUCAGGAGGCUAACCUAAGAAAGUGUACCGAGUUGCUGGACAGACUCCGCAGAAACUACGGCAUCGUGGUUUUCGCCACCACUCAUGCCAUCAUGAGGAACUAUGGAUCUGACCCAGGGGUGUCAGAUGUGCCCUGCUCUUCAUCAUUAUCAUCAUCUCACAGGUGGAGGUCAGCUGAAAGCGCUACAGACUUUGACAAGCCCUACUUGUGCAGAGCAUGGCAGAGAAUAGUAACUCACAGGAUGCUGUUCACUAAAAGUCCUGUGUCAAAUGACCACAAACUGGUUUUCUCCACAGCAUGCACCAGCAUAAUGACCAAAGGUGUCAAAAGAUGCUCAUUUCAUGUCAUGGAAGAUGGUAUUAAAUUUAUAUGUGACAAGUGAGCAUGUACUGAAACUCUCAGCACAGGACACUUGCACUUUUGGGUUGUCACAAUUAUGAGGGCUACUUAGCGAAAGAAAAUUGUCCUAAAAAUGUCCACUUAUUUUCUGUCAGUGUGUUUAAUGAUCAGUGCAAUCUUUUCUAAACUACUAUCAAAGACAUGAUUUGUAUGGACCGUUAAUACAGAAAACUACUUUGAUUUAUGGUUUAGUUGUUAGAUUAAUGGCUAAUGAAGACCUUACUGUACCUUAUUUGGAAAAAAAUAAAACAUACAUUUUUGCCAUUCA